CGGGCAACUAGGCAGAAAAAAGAUAUAAAAUACACGGAAGAAGCGACGAGGUUUCGUGUAGAGAAGAGUGGUGAUUUCUGAACUCCGUAAUCGCAGUUAUUCCGUCUUCGUUUACCUGAUAAUGGAUUAAUUUUCGCCGGGGAAUUCACCCCGGCUACAGCCUGGUCUGGAGCAGAACACACAGCACCGCGGCAGCACUCAGCGAUAAAUCAAGUGAGAAAUAUCGGAAACAUUCUGUCUGUCUAUUGUUUCGAACAGUCGAUGUUCACUCCGAAUCGUUGUUUCUUUACUCCAUUCGAAACACUUGGCAAUCGCUAAUGUAUACGUGGAAAUUUCCGAAAUAGCUAUAUUUUUUCGAUGUAUCUUCACAUAUGGAAGCACGGAUAUAAUGAAAAUAUAUUUGUAGCAAUUAUGUGUACAAUAAGCAAACCGACGAUAUCAGAAUGUCUCUUAUCUGGAAGAUCUUGGUUUCUAAAAUCGGAAUUGGAUACGUGGCCGGAGUAAUGCGACCCACACAGAAGUAAAGGCAAGCAAUCAAGGAAAAUGGGACUCGUUCGACGGACGAAGCUGCUUCCCAGCCGAACGAUGGCUCCCCUGUUAUCAUUGCUGGUGCUCGCAGUAUUGCCAAAUGUGCGAUUAGAAUCGGCGAUCAAUCCAGUGAGCAACGUGGGCUCGGUAUCGAGCGGUUCCUCGUCGUCCUCUUCUUCCUCCUCCUCCUCGUCGAUGGUGGGCGGCGUAGCUGGCAGUGGCUCGUCUUCCGGCAGCAUGGUAGGGUCUGGUAACAGCGUGGUCGGGGGUGGAAGCAGCGGCGUCGGACACUCGUCCCUUGGCGGUGGAACGGGAGUGAAUGGAAACGGGCGUUGCGAGGAGAUCACGAUCCCGAUGUGUCGAGGGAUCGGGUAUAAUCUGACGGCGAUGCCCAACGAAUUGAAUCACGACAAUCAGGAAGAAGCCGGGCUGGAGGUGCAUCAAUUCUGGCCGUUGGUGGAGAUCAAAUGUUCCCCCGACUUGAAGUUCUUCUUGUGCUCUAUGUACACGCCGAUAUGCUUGCCCGAAUACACCAAACCUCUGCCCGCUUGCAGAAGCGUCUGCGAGAGAGCCAGGGCCGGUUGUGCGCCGUUGAUGCAGCAAUACGGAUUCUCCUGGCCGGAGAGGAUGGCGUGUGAAAGAUUGCCGGCCCACGGUGACCCAGAGAAUUUAUGCAUGGAACAGGACAAUCACACGAGCAGCACCGGAUACGGAUCCGGUAACGGAGGAGCAGCGAGCAGCGCGCCUUUGCCCGCAGCACAACCGCGCCCGACCAGGCCGUCCAAGACGACCCAACCACCGCGGUGUAGGCCAGGGAAAAAUCAAAAAAACUGCCAGCAUCCCCCGGGGGAAAGGGCGAGGGAUUGCGUGUGCCGGUGCAGGCCACCCCUCGUACCCCUGGGGGCGGGGGGCACGGUCAUUCCGGGACCGAUAAGCGGCAGCAGCACCGGAAGCAUAGGCAACGGGGCUGGGCUGGCAGGCAUGGCCGUAAGUGGGGUCAUACCGGCGCCACCGAUAAGCAUCGCCAGGAACAUCAUCCAGGACAUUGCAGGAGUACCGAAUUGCGCACUCCCGUGCCACGGGGCGUUCCUCACCUCCGAAGAACGAGGGUUCGCGGCCGUGUGGCUGGCACUGUGGAGCGGCCUGUGCGCCGCAAGCACGCUCGUGACCGUCACCACGUUUCUGAUCGACACCCAGCGCUUCAAGUAUCCUGAGAGACCGAUAGUGUUCCUGUCAGCCUGCUACUUCGCCGUCUCGAUAGGUUACCUGUCGAGGAGCGUGUUCGGCCACGAGGAGAUCGCCUGCGAUGGAUUGGCACUGAAGUCGAGGGCACAGGGACCGGAGGCUUGCGUGGCAGUCUUCCUGAUGAUCUAUUUCUUCGGAAUGGCGUCUUCGGUCUGGUGGGUGAUCCUGGCGUUCACGUGGUUCCUGGCGGCGGGUCUGAAGUGGGGGAACGAGGCGAUAGCCUCGUACUCCCAAUACUUUCAUCUAGCAGCGUGGCUAGCACCGGCGGUCCAAACGUUCUCGGCGUACCUAGCCGGGGGAGUAGCGGGGGAUCCGGUGGCAGGAGUCUGCACGGUAGCUCCGGAUGGAGUGCGAUCGUUCAUUCUGGUGCCGUUGUUCGUGUACCUUCUAUUGGGAACGAGCUUCCUUCUGGCGGGUUUCGUGAGCCUGUUCAGAAUCCGUUCGGUGAUAAAACGUCAACCGGGGGCGAAAGCGGACAAAUUGGAGAAACUGAUGAUAAGAAUUGGCGUGUUCAGCGUUCUAUACACCCUACCAGCCGGGGUGGUGUUGGCCUGCCAUAUGUACGAGACGUCGUUAAGAAACGAGUGGCUCGAUUCGUUGGCGUGCCCCUGUCGGCCAAGAGCAAGACCUCUCUACUCCGUCCUGAUGCUCAAGUACUUUAUGGCGCUCGCGGUAGGUAUUACGUCAGGCGUGUGGAUAUGGAGCGGCAAAACCGUCGACUCGUGGAAACGUCUGUGGAGGCGCUUGUUCAGCGGCGGAAGCGGCGGAGGUCACGGAGGCGGUGGCGCAGGUAUGGUAGCAGGCGUGACAGGCGUCAGCGGAGGUAUAGGCAGCACCAGCAUCAAGGGCGUAGUAGGGCGUGUAGGAGUGCCGUAUCCACCAGCUCCGGGACCUGGAAGCGCUCUACUCCCUCCUGGGAGCGUGGCCAGCGCGUCCCAACAUCAUCUCCAUCAUCACGUCCUCAAACAACCCCCUCUGUCGCACGUAUGACGUCACCAGUCGGCGGGAGGCGACAUGAACACCGCGGGCUGCGAUCAGCAGCAGCAGCAACAGCAAUCGGUGCAACAAGAGAGGCCUUCCGCCCUUAGCAACUACGGGCCCAUUUAGCCCUUCGCCUCGGCCUCGCGCAGGCACACGCCGCACACAGCGCCCCAUACGGCGCCACACACGCCACACUCGGCGGCCACGAUAUAUUCGAGGAGGUCGUUGGCAUCGACCACGGGCCCCCUCACGCCAGCGCACGGACUCGCGCCUUCUUAUACCCAGGCGACCGAGGUAUGAAUCGAUCUCUGAUAACGAGUUAUUCGUCGUUGUUACGACGUUGAAACAAAGGGGGGAAAGGGAUCGGGUAGAUUCGUGCGUUUCUCGGUACCUCCGUGGUGUGGCUGUUUACGACGCGUGUCGAACAACCUCGUCGACUCGCGACGGUGCUUCUCGAUUACCCGAUAUACGUAUUAGCCCGUACGUGUCUUUUUCGUGGGUCUCGAAUCGUCUCUUUUGUAGUUUUUACAUCAUUUUUUAACCUGUGUUACUUGUAGAUCAACGGGUAAUAAUAUCCUGUACCGAUUCGAAGAAAAUUUUCUAUAUAUAAUUGGAACGUGGAUAUAUAUAAUUGGAUUCGAAUUGAAGCGCGGAAAUAACGUAUCAAACUUCGAAGCGUCGACGCUAGAGGGCUACGAUUCGGAAAAUGGCGCUCGAGACCGGCUGGUGUAGUGAGAUUGUGAUGUAAGUGCGUGGAUUGAAUGUAGUGUAAUGAGUGAGUGAAUCGCGCAAAUGGAACAGUGUGCAAGAAAAUUCUCUCUUAUUCGUAUCUAUCUGUAAUCUUUCUUACUUAUAUACCGUAGCGGAACUCGUAAAGUCCGCAUGUCCGUCUAACGUGUAUCGUCUCGUCUAUUUAUCUAACCUAGCCAUAACAGAAGUAUAGGUGUAAAACACGGACUUUCUAUAGAUGUCGUUACUUAAAGGUUACGGCGGUGGUCCGGCAUUCCAAAGUGCGUGUUUUUUUGUAAUUUCAUACGAUUUUUUAGUCAGAGCGAGCAAAUGUCGGUUUAUAAGAAAAGGAAGGAUCGACUGAUCAUCUCGAGCGAUGAAAAAAGUACUCAUAACCAUGAAUACAGGCUCACCGCCGUCGAUCGUAUGAAGUGCGACGAGCAAGUGUAUAGCGCAGACGUAUAAGAGAAAGAAGAAAAAUGUGGAGAAUGAAGGUAACUGUAAAUAUUAUUCUUAGAUUUUAGAUAAAAAUGCUGUAAAUAUAAAAGAGAAGUGGAACAGAAACGAUCAUCAAAAAACGAUUUAUCGGUCGAGACGAGUGUACAGACGCGAGCAUUGCGCAGUCGCGGUAAUGGCGCGUUCCUUUUUACGCAUAUAUUGUAAUUCGUAGUCCGUGGAGCUUCGAUAUUCGUUUAAUAUCUUUCGAAGAAAAUCUUUCGUCGAUGAAAGACACGAUGUAAAAAUGUGAAGAAAUCGUGUCGAAAACUUGGUGCAAUGAGUAAUGCGUAUCAAAUAACAAUAUCGUAAAAAAAGCUUCGAAGGAGCCGCUAGUCUUGCCGCGGGCGAAGGAACGCGUCAAUCGUGAAUGCGUCGUGAAGAGAAGAAAUAAAAACGUGUGCUUACGGUAUGUAUACAUACGUUAAAACAUGAUUUCGGAUGCCGAACAUGUCUUUUUUACCGCCGAACGAAGCCCCCCCUUAACCUUUAUCGUUUUAUAUAUAUAUAUAUAUGUAUAUGAUAUAUAUAUACGCGUCUUGAACGUAGCUGACAAAAAAAGAAGUGCAGAGAUUCCGAAUAAGAUUUGUUUUAUAUCUCGCAUGGUUUUCCGUCUUUAAUGGAGACUUGAAUCAUGCAUAUACGCACAGACAUAUACAGAUUUACAUAUACAGAUUCACAUACUAUCGAUACACGCAAAUACAGUGUCGUACAUGCUCGCACAUCGUCGUAGAGAAAAGAAUAUGAAAAAGUUCUGUGUAUUCCGAGAUUAAAUUGUAGAUAAAACGGGAAAAAAAAUUAAGACAAAUUAAGACAUACACACCUCAAGUGUUUUUUUUUAUAUCCGCGCAAUAGACAAGUAGCUGUUGACAGAGUGCGAAAUCGAAUAAAUAAAUAAAUCGUUAAGUACAUAAAUAUAUAUAUAUAUAUAUUACAAAUAUACAUUAUAAAUAUAUAAAUAUAAAUAUAUAUAUAUAUAUAUAUAUACAUAUACAUAUAUGAUUGUGGAAGCAUAUUCGAGAUUUCAUUACGAAGACGUGCGUGCUUCUGCGAUGCAAUGUCGAUAUUUCACAAUUUUUCUAAUCGUUGGAGGAAAAAGGGGAGGACUAGAAGGAGAAAUACAAUUCUCGAGACCGCAUCUCGUGUUUCAUUUCUAUUCUGUUCCUUUUCACGGGACAUUUCAAAAGUGUGACUGUGUGAGAUGAAGAAUUCUUUCAACACUAGCAAGAGUGAAACAUCUCGGUUAUGUACUUUUUCUAUUUCCACUUCGAUGCUUGCCUUUUUUAACAGUUGUUGGAAUUUUGCGAUCGAUCCGCGAGAUGUCUCGUGAGUGGUGCAGGUGGGACGCGAGUGCACGCGGAAAAAAAUAAGAAAGAUAUAUGUAUAAGAAAUGAAAAGGAACGGAAAGAAACAAAAGGACUGAAAAACGAUAACUGCCUCAAGCAACUUAAAAAAAAAUAAUAAUAAAAUCACAAUCCGUAUCGCAAUCCGAACGGGUUACCCCUGCCAAACGAAAACGUACACGUGUAAUGUUGUAAAGUAGUGAGAGUAAAGAACCUUUAGUGUCACAUAUCACGCCAAGCUGUUACGAGCGAAAACGGACAAUGUCGCGUUCGUGAACGAUCAGUGACGUUGGAAAGAGUGAGAAAGAAUAAUGCGACGGAAUGGGAUGAAAUGAGAUUGUUGAGAUGGUAGUAGUGGGAAGAGAGGAAAAAAGGCGGGAGAACGAGACAGAGGGGGAAAGAAAAAGUGAAAGAGUGCGCUGCUAUCGCAAUGGCAGAACGAUUGAUGCGACGAAAAGAACGAACGCGACGUUAGAAAAACGAGAGAAAGGAGUUUAUAACGAGUAUUUGUAAGCCACUUUUUGUCACGAUGAUUGUCAAUAAAAUGGAAAAUACUGUGUGUAACGAGUGUGUUCCGGAAUUUCAUCCAUCAAAUUGGUUCACGAGGU